UCUUCGGGCCAGUUACGUUGCCAAAAGUGACCUGUCAUCCCUUCUACCGGGGUUCGAGAGUGACUUAACAGUAGACCUAAACACAGCUUGCCUAAAUCGGUACCUAUGUUACAUUGCUCAAGUGUUUCAGCCACAUAUUCCGCUCAUGUUCGUUGAUUAUCCUGUUUAUUUAUAGAUUCAACUCGCUGAUUCUGGGAUUAGUGGGAUCUGUGGAACGAGUCCCAUCACAUCCGCAAGUACGUCGACCCCCUGAUGUAAAGCCAGCGGCUGCUGCGUUAAUGAUGUCUCAGAAUCUCCUUUUGAGUGGACCCUAGCAAACUUUAUGUAAAAAAUAUAGAAUUAAAAAAAAACCAAAAAACAUUAAAAAAGAGAACCCACCUUUUGGCCACGCCAAACUAGUAAAGUGAAGCCUUUAAUAACAUAAAAAAAAUUGAAUUGUUUACACCUUGAUACACCUUUGAGCUGUUAUCGCCAUCGCCAUCAACAAGAGAAACAACAACGGUCUAGCACCAUAAUCAUCAUCAUCAUCAACGUCGCCGUCAUCACCACCUACGUCCCUCACCUUCAUCCAAGCCAUUUACCCCCCAAACUGCCCUCAACCCCUAGUCUAGUGAACAAGAGUGCUGUAAGUGUUGUGGUGUUAGUUUCAAGGACUCGCGCCAAUUUAUAUUGUAUCGGUGGUGCUAUAUAAACAACAUACUCGCUCACCCACCCACAAAUACUAACAACAGGCGUUUGUAUGAGUUUAUGCAUAUGUGUACAUCAGUGUUGUGUAAAAUAGCCUAGCAGUAGCUUGUUUUUCGUAGUGUUACGUUUUGAAUUAACAUUUAAAGCCUCGAAAAGGAGGAAAGCAUAACAUCAAGAACGAGAAGGAGAAACGAAAGGACGGACGAGGUCACCAGCCAGCAAGUGCGUAAAGGAAUUUCUUUCAAUAAAUCCCAACAAAAAACACAUAAUAUCUUGGACCAAUUUUGCACCUUUUAAGCCUAUUACCUAGUAUUUGGCCGAAACCAAACCGAAAUUUAUAUACGAAUAUAUCAUUUACACCCCUUAGCUGUUAGUAGACAUAGAGAGUAGUUUUAAACUUUACACUGAACAAACUUAGAUUAGCGAACAACAACCAACCACACAAAUCCAGACAGGUAAACCAAAAAGACUCGACAAAGAACAAAUAAAGACAGAGAAAAGGACAAAACACAGCUCCCUAUUCCCCACAGGGCCAUAAGGACAAAAAAAAAAACAUUGUAAGGCCAAGGAACAUACAAUUUUUGGACCACAGUAAAAUUCUUAACUGUUUCAAAUAGAGUAGAAGACUUGACUUGGCUUAGAGCAGAGCGGAGCAGCUACACCAAAGGUUAGUUGCAAUUUAAACAAACCAAUCACUACCUAGCCCCUGCUCUUGUAGACAGACACACCGACAGUCACUCAGUAGCAAAAAAAAAAAAAACGGAACAACAGCCCAAAGCGUAGAUAUAGCAGCAACAGCACCAGCACCAGCCAAGCUAAAGAAGAAGGAGGACAUAAAAACAUAUCGUGCUUGUUUGUUGAAAAAGUUUCUCAGCUACAACCAGAAAAAUUGGUUUCAAAAUUGGUCAAAUGUUAUGUUGCGGUUUUUGUUGUGGCAACAUGUCAAAGCGAGACUACAAAGUUGCCACAAUGGAUGGCAUCGAACUGGAGCCAUUGGGCGGCGAGAAAAUGGACAAGGACAAAGACAAGGAUAACGAGAAGCAGACGAAUGGCGUUACAUUUGGUGGCGAAUCCAGCGGCGGCCGACAAACACGCAAUGGCGUUGCUGUUUGCUCACAAAAACGUGCCCUCCUAGUGGCCGGCGUGGUAUUGGGCUCCCUGCUGCUGACGGCUUUAAUAAUUGCCUAUGCUGGACCAUCGACGGAUUGCUCGUGUGCUCGGAAAUUACCAACCGGUCUUCAAACGGACACAGAGAAUGUCACAGAACCCUUUAAUCCGAUUGCCACCAAUGGUGAACCGUUUCCAUGGCUUAAUAUGACAUUGCCCACAAAUGCCCGGCCAAUGCGUUACAUGGUCACAAUACAUCCGAAUCUAACAACGCUGGACGUCAAAGGUCAAGUGACAAUCGACCUUUUUAUAGAAAAGGAAACACAAUUCAUUGUGCUACACAUACAGGAUCUAAAUGUCACAGAAAAGGCCAUCGUUCCAAUGGGAAAUAAAGGCAAUGCCAUUAAAAUCGUCAAAUUCUUGGAGUAUCCCCCGCGACAACAGCUGUACAUUGAACUGAAGGACAAGCUGCGAAAGAAAUCCAAUUACACCCUUAAUUUGCGUUGGUAUUCGAAACUUAAUCCCGAGCCAGAGGGUUUCUAUGUGGAUCAAUACGAAAGUUCAAAUGGCUUGGAAAGGCUCCUUGCUGCCACAGUUUUUCGGCCGAAUGGUGCACGCAAAGCAUUUCCCUGUUUCGAUGAACCCCAUAUAAGGGCACCCUUCCGAGUCUCUGUAUUUCGAGAUCGCUUCCAUAUCGGUCUAUCCAAUUCCAUAGUGCAUACAACAGAAGAUGUGGGCUUCUAUAUGGGUACAGGAUUGUUACGUGAUGAUUUCAUUGAAACUCCGCCUUUGCCUGCAGAUGCGGUGGCUUGGGUCGUUAGUGAUUUUCAACGGGAGUCUUUGCAACCAUCCGCUGCCUAUUUACCAGCAACCCAAGCUCCACCUUCAGGCGUUGGUGGCCGCAAGUCAGGGCAAAUUAGCAACUAUACCCAGCAGAAGGAUAAAAAGCCACCGGUACGCAACAUAACAGCGCUUACCCAUUCGCUGAAUAUCAAUAUUCUGGGUAAAAAUCUAACCACCACCACAACCACAGCAGCUCCUUCCAAAGAGAUGGAUUCCAAGAAUUUAACAGCUCUAAGCCAAUCAACAAGAUCGAGUAUUACUCGUGCCCCCUCUUAUACAUUCUAUGCUCCUCGAGAUCUACUGCCACGUUCUUCGUUUAUUCUCCAUACAUCACGUGAUGUUUUGGAAUAUUUGCAAACAUGGCUGGAGGUUAGCUAUCCUCUGACCAAAGUGGAUUUUGUAGCUUUGCCUUCGUUGGAUCGCAAUAUCAUAUCAUCUUUGGGUUUGGUAACACUCAAGACCUCUUUUCUAACCGACCCAGAAUCAAUAACCACCGUUCAAUAUCAACAAAGUGCCCUAUUGGUGGCGGAGGCCAUAGUGAGACAAUUUUUUGGAGGCAUUACCUCCCGCAAGGUGCUCAAAGAUGUCUGGCUGUGGGAGGGCCUUAUCAAGUAUCUAGGCAUUCAUACCUUGUCGCCUUUGCAAGAAAGUUGGCCUCUUAGAGAGACGUAUCUCUUUAAUAUGGCCACAGCCGCUUUGGAUAUCGAUGCCAUCCAGGGAUGGGACAGCAUAAUCAAUGGCACCAGUCAUGAUGGCAACAAUGAGGAUUUUUAUAUACAAAAAACUGCCGCCAUAUUUUCCAUGUUACAUACGGCUAUAGGAGAAGAUCGUUUCAGAAGUUGCUUGGGAGGUUUUCUCAAACUAAAUCGUUUUAAAACCGCUGAACCUUUGGAUUUGUGGAAUAUUUGCACCAAAAAGGCAAAUGGAGCCAAGAAUAUUAAGGACAUGAUGUCUUUGUGGACCCAUCAAUCUGGCUUCCCAUUGCUUACGGUUACCAAACUAGGCAAUAGUGUUACCAUCUCUCAGAAACCUUUCAAACCUGCUGAGUUUUUGGCCAUACAUGAUGAUACCUAUGAUGGCAACAACUACAAUAAAACCACAGCAAAUUCCACAACAGCAUCGACGACCACAACCACAGCAGCUCCCACAACGCCGAGUACGAAACACAAGCCUCCGCAACAAAUGAAAUGGAUUUUUCCCAUAACCUAUGUAACAGAUAUCAACAAUAAUACGGAGACAUUGUGGAUGCAAAAUGUUGAUCUUACCUUCAAUGUACCCGAAAGUGUAAAAUGGAUUAAGGUGAAUGCCCGCCAAUCGGGCUACUAUCGAGUUCUUUACAAUGAUGAUAAUUGGGCCAAUAUUAUUGAGGAUCUAUCUAAUGAUCCCGAUAAGUUUACAGGAGAGGAUCGUUUGGGUCUCUUAUCCGAUGCAUUUACCUUGUGUCACGCCAAUUUGCUGCCAUGCGAAAUUACCAUGAAUUUAAUACAGUAUCUGCCAAGUGAAACGAAUUGGGGCCCUAUGGCUCUGUCGCUGCGUCAUUUGGAGAAGUGGCGUCGUAUUUUGAAAUAUUCCGAAUGUUUCCUAAUGCUUUCCGAAUUUAUUAAAAUGAAGCUUUCAACUGUUAUCGAGAAGAUUGGCUGGAGCGACGAAGGAGAUGAGGCAACGAGAUUAAUGCGACCGGAAGUUUUAUUGGCUUCCGUUCUCUGGGAGGAUAUCGAUAGUAUAAGUAAAUCUAAAAAUUUAUUAAAUCAAUUUCUUUACUACAAUGGCACAGCCAUACCGCCAAAUUUAAGAGAGGUCGUUUAUACGGGCUCCAUUUUGUCAGGAGAAUAUAUUUUCUGGCAACAUUGCUGGGAGCGCUUUGUGACGUUACAAAGAAACUCCGACAGCUACGUGGAACGUAUGCAGUUACUAAGGGCAUUGGGAAGAACCAAAGAUGCCUGGCUACAAAAUCGCCUACUUUCGCAUGUGACAAUGCUGCCCACAGCGGAAGUGGUGCAGGUGCUGCAAGCGAUAGCUGGUACACCUACAGGCGGUGCGAUGGCCUGUCGCUUUUUGCAAGCCAAAUGGUUUGAGCUGGAGUCGCGAAUGGGCCAGGGUACGCUGGCAUUCGCCAAAGUGAUAUCAGCCAUAACCCAAUAUGGGGCAACAAAAUUCGAUUACGAUGAGCUAAAAUCAUUGGUUCAUCGUUUUGGCCGGGGACCCGGCAUGGGUAUUUUAAAUAUGACCUUAAGUAGUGUGGCUUCCAAUGUUGAAUGGGUGGCCAGAUCUCAGCCUUCACUAUACAAAUGGGUAGAGAGUAAUUUACACUCCCAUUAAAACUUCGACUCAAUCUAUCAUUCCAAUUAAUCAGACACACACACACGCACACAAACAUACAAACCAAAACUACUUAUUCACAUCAAAUGUAAAAUCUGUAUAGAAAUUUUUAUUAUAAUUAUUAACAUUAUUAUUAUUAUAUGAUCAUUAUAUAUGUACUUGAAAACAACAACAACAACAAAAAGCAAACCAUAUUUAAAUACAAAAAUCAAUCAAAAACUUUUGAGAGAGGGUGAUUUAAAACAAAGUGAUUAACAAAGAAAAAACAAAACAAAAAUAACAGAAACUCAUUUCAUGCAACAUAUAUCACUUCACUAUUAUACACUAUGGUAAAACAAAAAAAAAAUGUAAAACAACAACAAAAUAAUAAUAAAAGUCAUGGAAAUACAUAUAUCCUCAUUUGUAAUUAUGUUCCUUUGGGUAAGAAAAACAAAAACAAACAACAACAAAUUAUAAGUAACAAAUCAUUAGAACAUUAGAUCAUUAACAUUAUACAGCCAAACAAAGUAUAUAAUAUGAAUAUUUAUUAUGUUGUUGUAGUCAUUGUCAGGAAUAUAAACAUGCAGAAAAUAUCCUUUUUGGGGUGUAAACAUUUCAUUUCUAUUUACAUAUAUCAUAGAUAAGAACCAUAUAUAUUUUCUUUUCAAAAUACAUACCAUACAUAAAAAACAACUUACACAUACAUAUAUAUUUAAACUCUAAGGAUUAGUGGAAAGGAUAUUUUGUUAAAAUUUUAAAGAUUCAUAUAAAAUGAAAAAGUAUAAAAGCAUACAAACAGAAAAACAAUUCAAAGUUGAAAGUAAUACUUGAAACAUGAUUAAUACUUGAAAAAAAAGGGUGACGAAGCUCUCUAUUUAACCUAAUUUUUGAAAACGCCAUAUCUCAAAAUCACCAAUGUAAGCGAAUUUGUUUUUGUACCUCAUGGGUUAACCAAAUCUGGAAAAAUGUAGUGUUAAAUAUUCUGGGGAAACGCCCUACACUCAAAACUCCCUAACUGAUGUGGCAACGAUCAGGAUAAUGGCUAUCAAAUGAAUAGUAUUAUGGAGUACUUUACCAAUUUCGUAUAUAAAAUUAGGUCCAAUUAUGUGGGGUCACCCAAUCUCAUAAACACCCAAAGCGGCUUUGUUGGGCGAUGUUGGGUUCAAAUGUUAGUUCUUUCCGAAAUAUAGUCGAAUCUGUUAUCCAAAUUCGGGUCCAAUAAUUUGGCAGACCCUAGAGGAGCUUUCAAAGUUGAGAACUUCUUCCAGUCAGCCACUUCAGACUUCGAAAGUAUUCCAGUAUGACGAGAGUGGCUAGUUAAGGUUAGGUUGGAGAAGAUGAUACCAAAACAAUGUAUUGAUAUCCGCUGGGGUCUUAUGUGGCCCAUUGUGAUUCCUUAAUCUUCCCUCUCCGUCUUCCGCAACGCAAUUUCUCAUACUAUUUGAACGCCAGCAAGAAGUCCUUGAGUCCUUACACCUCUUAGCUCAUCAAGUGCCUGAAAGAAGAAAGUUGGACAUUGGCAGCGAAAAUGAAAGCUAUCUUCCGGAGUGUCAGUGAUCUGACACCAUCGGCAGAAGACGUAUAUGCAAGAGCUCUGUCCAGCACCUUCGACACUGUAGAAACAAAUUUACCCAUUGCAAGAGAGUGGCUGAAUGCAAUCCAAGCACGGAAAUAGGUGUACAGUCAUAAUCUUGCAACCCACAAUUCGCAGAAGUCUUCCCCUGUGUCCAGCGCGGCUUAAAAUACAUGAAGUUCUACACAAGGAUUUGCCCAUCCUGUAACCGACUAUCUUAGAAAGUUCCCGCCCUUCCACGAAGCUCGCAUAGGGUAGGGUUCACGGAGUCAGUAACACGAUCGGGGCUCAUCUGCUAUUUCUACCACGCCAGUACUUGAUGACCCACGAUGCAGCAGAGCGUAACAACCUUUCCCUUUAUUCGAAUUAACUCUUUGCAUUUCCUGGCUCGACGCCAAAGCCUUCAGCGUCACCUGCUUGUUCUCGUAUAUCGUGAAAUCCCGAUCCGGUAUACGCUACUACAAAAACAACUUCCCCGGAGCUAUCAGGUUCGAGAAAACCUCAGCCAGAAAAACAUUACACUCGUCCAGAAGCCUACAUUAUUUCCCAAUUACAAAAAACUCAAUGUAUUCUGACAUGGUGCCGUGUAUACAGAAGUUUCUGGGAAAGGCAGAAUACCCACAGCUCCUGGAAAACCAUCCAUCACGAUCCAUAUAGACAGCUACCAUGCAUAUUGCUAACCUCACCAAGAUUAAGGAAUGCCAGUUUCACCACUCCCUCGGUCCAAGGCUUAAAGGCAACAUUGAGCAUGACGUUCAGUUUCCCUCUCAGUUAACUCAUCUUUGUUCUAAAGGUCAGCACAGCCGCAGCAUGAUUACUUUCUCGAUGCCAAAGCUGACAUCCACAGGUAAAAACCGCCAGUAAACGACGAAAGUACAGUCACCUACCUAAGCUCUUUUUUUCGAGUUGUGACAGGAGUAGAGCGCCUUAAUUCCCCUUUUGUCCCUUUUUCGACGUUUCUUCCAAUUUGGUGUAAGCAUGCAAAUACAAGUAUAGGAUCGUGAAGGUUUCUAAUAUAAGUUUCAAGUAGUCUCUCCAGGGUCUCUAAGACGAAGAAUGAGAGACUAAUUGGCCUGCAUUCCUUCGGCAACGUAUGGCCCAUCCUUAACUCACGCCAUCCAAUAGGGGAUUGUCCAGCAAAACGCUGUUCUUAACAAUUGGACUUGUAUGGCUGAAACGAAUUCACUUCUCAGGCCUUCGCUACCCCCGUUACUCAAGUCUGUGUGUGCCAAGUAGGAUCGAAUCUCAUUCCUUGUAAGACCAUCUUACCUUGUCUAUACAUCGAGGGCAUCGAGUGGUUCAUUCUUACUUCUCGCCAUCCAAUCGGCCAUAAUCCUGCAAAACGCUGGUCCAAAACUCUUGCCUUUUAGGGUUCAAACGAAUCAAUCUAACAGACCUUCUUUCCCUCAGCUGUCCUCAAGCACGGAUUUUUCUGAUUACAUUGACCUACUGCAGCUAACCACCUAAGAGUGUUGCUGGAAUUUUUUCGUACCUUGACCCCAAAUUUCGAGUAUUUUGUGCCCAAAAAUCCACAAUUACAAGAUUUUUUGCCCAAAAUGAAUCCACAGAAUAAUUUUGAAUGACUUUUUAUAAAUGUAAAACUAAAAACAUGCAUUGGGAAAAAGAACGACUAAAAGACAGGGUUGUCGAGCAUGGUUAACGUGAUAUUUAUAUCAUAGAGUUUUCGCAAUAAAUAGGAUAUAAGUACAACAUACCAACGAACGGACCUUGAGGCCUUCACGCCUAAUAUGGCCGAUAAGUUUACAGGCAAAAGACGGAGCAACAGUGAAAGCCGUUGCCGUUGUCUAGCGUUCGGAGCCAUCAAUUCAACUUUCAAAAAAUGCACAGAAUCAUAUGUUUGGCAUGGGAGUGGUGCAAUUGUGUGGACAAAAAAUCUGCUAUUACACAAACACACGCAUUGGGAAAAAGAACGGCAAAUAGCGUGUCGUUGUCGAGCGUGGUUAAUGUGAUAUUUCCACCACAGAUGUGUUUUCGCAAUAAAUUGGUUCAACAUAUCAACGUUAUUCUAACCAAAUGUUUUAUUAACUGGAGAGAUAUCCGGUGCCAAUUUGGAUUGGGUAGAUAGUUAUCGAUAUAAUGCAAUAACAGUCGAUAAGAUGUGAGACAGUGUCUGUGUUCUUCUUCACACCCAUCCUGUGCAAGUCAGAUUUUCGGGAUAGAAUUUCAGUGCAAAGUUGUCUUGAGUAACAUCAAUAUAAUGCGAUAACAGAUAAUAUUAACCGAAUAUCGUGAUUUGCACUAUAUUUACUAAAUUACAAUGAACCAAGUAUAACUUGGUACAUCUUUACCAAAAAUUGUAACACAACUAUUAAAAGAAUUUUUAUGCUGCUCAUUAAAUCUUGACUAAUAUUGUAGCCGUUGAGUGAAGUGGACCUGUUUUUAUUUCGCUCCUCAAAGAAAAAAUAAAUAUAUAUCCGUAUCUCGGAAUAGGUACUACCUAUAACGAAAAAUUUUUAAAGCCUUUUGGAGUAGGGUAGAAAUGGACUCCAAAGACCCAACAUCUGCGGUGGUGGCAUCAGACCGUAGCGUGUUGUCCUCCCCUCCUAUAGGUGUGAGGUUAUAUUUAGUUUUUAGAGUGCACAACAGCCGAUUACUGGCUUAGGUGUAUGUCCAUAGUGGCAUGGAGCGGAUUAAUAUCUGCACCCUCUUUUCAACCUAACCUAACCUAAAUCUUGAUAUACGGCCUUGUCGUAAUUUACUUGCUAAAUCCUGUGUUUUUUUGGCAUACAAAAAUUAAUCUAAUUUUAGCUGAUAUAAGUUUAAAUGUAAAAUAAAUCGGAUUUCAUGACUAAAUAAUCAAUAAAAGAAGUCAACUGUUUUUAAGAAUUCUGUAUGGAUUGAAAUAAAUCGGAUUUCAUGACUAAAUAAUCAAAAAAAGAAGUCAACUGUUUU